ACUCUCUCACUGACUGGCUCUGGCGGAGGACGUGUCUACCGCUUUUUCUAACCCUAACUGUAUAGUCGCUCUCUCUAUUGCGUGUUCUGCUGUUUUUCUGACCAGUUUUCAGCAGAAAAGGGAGAUGUCAAAUACUAAAAGCUGGUCAGCCGGUCAAGAGCAAGCUAACAAGUCGCCAUGCUAUGCACAUUGCACUCGGUCGGUGAGUCGACGCUCGACAGAGUGGCAGUGUGUCGAUAUUUUCUUGGCAAGUGCGACUUGUUGACAUGCACAGAUAAAACCGGAGACGCAAACUGUCGGCUGUCGAAGCUAUGACUUCAGACGUUGUCAUCUCCGUACACUUACUGUCACAUAGAAACAUCAACAUUUUGUUGAAUGUUAUUUGUAGACAAGCCAUGAUACCUUACAGACUACUUGUUCAACGAAUUUGGAGUGGUUUUGUAUCGACAAGAAAUAUGCAAGAAACCUUUCAGUCUAAACACCAGUAAGAAUGUCUUUAGUAACCGAGUAAUUAAGGUCUGGAACAGUCUACCCAAGAAAACUGUGUCAUCAAAAACACUUAAUGUGUUCAUGCAGUCCAACUUGAACACACUGUGGAGGAACUGCCCCAGGAAGUUCUGCCCUUCCUUUUAUCAUUAAUGAUUCAAAUGGGAACCUCUAACAUUACAGGAAAGGAAAUGGAGUUCUGUGAAGAAACUUGACAUUGCAACGUCAAGACUUGUGAGGUGCGGGCUGCUAAUCUGAACAACAUGCUGUGAUGAUAAUCAGAAAUUAUGACGUCGUGAUAUCUCAUCAGAAAGACAACGGAAAACAGUGCUAUUCAUAUUAUUCAUGUAAUUCAUGUCGGAGAUUAUAAAAUUUGGAUGCACAACUCUCGGGAACAGAUUCUUCUAGUUUCCAACUUCUAUGUAGCAGAGAUCGAUCCUGGAUGACGGUGUAUCGUUUGAGAGAUUUGGUGAUCUUAUAAAAACUGAACAAUUUGUUGUGUAACAAUGACAGAUGUGAAGAUAAAGACGGGCAGGUCUGGCCCACCUGCCAUGAAGCCUGGCUACAAGUACAUCAAUCCUGGUCAGGAGGAUCAGAUGGAAAUCCAUGGCUACGAGAGAAGUAUUGUGUGGACAGUCAUUGUGUGGAUAGGUAUCUUCCUCACCGUCGGUCUGCUGCGACUCUUCUUUUAUUGGUUCCCGCACCUCAUGGUCCGGUCUACACACUCCAAGUGUUCCCUGUCCAUCGCCACUAUCGUCGUACUCAAGGACCAGUAUCUCCAGUGGUAUGUGUCCCGUGUCCGACAGAUGGUAGUCGGCGGUCAAGUUGAAAAUACAGCCAGACCAAAACUAGAACGAGGUAACUCUACUGUGAGUUUUACAAAACUUGAUGAAAAUGAACAGUCGACUGAGGCUGGAGGUAUGGAACAAAUCAAAUCCAUACGGUUUUUCGUCACGAAGAAAGUUAAAUUUUUGUGGAACGCUGAUGGACAAUUCUUCGAGAAGGCCAGUGGAUUGGCCGAUUCCUCGAGCUGCUCAUUCUUCCAUCGACAGACAGGUCUCAGUGCGGAGGAUCAGGUGAAAAAGAGAGUGAUAUAUGGUGUCAAUUCUAUAAGAGUACACGUGACACCUGUAUUUGAGUUAAUCUUUAAACAGAUUAUCUCCCCUUUCUACAUUUUCCAAAUCUUUUCCUGUUCCCUGUGGUAUGCGGAUGAGUACUAUUACUACGCUUCCUGUAUUGUCCUGAUAUCCACCAUCUCCAUCAUGGUCUUCAUUUACCAGACUCGGAAGAUGCAGAGGGCUCUCCGUAACACCAUCGCUUCAUCAACUAUACUGACAGUGUGUCGAGAUAAUGGAGUCUAUGAAGAAAUCUCAUCAGACGACUUGGUGCCAGGGGAUGUUAUCGAGAUUCCACGCCAUGGAUGUAUCAUGCAAUGUGAUGCCGUCCUUGUCCGUGGCAACUGCAUCGUCAAUGAGAGCAUGCUUACAGGUGAAAGCGUGCCGGUGACCAAGACGCCACUCCCCAAUCCCCGCGAGUCGGGAACAGAAGACAAACCUUUCAGUAUGAAGGAACAUGCACGUCAUGUACUAUUCUGUGGCACGAAGGUGAUACAGACUCGUUACUAUGACAACCAGCGAGUGAGGGCCAUAGUUGCUCGUACCGGGUUCACAACAUCUAAAGGGGAAUUAGUCCGGUCCAUCCUCCAUCCCAAGCCUGUCGACUUCAAGUUUAACCGGGAUACCUACAUAUUCAUAGGGAUUCUGGCCGCCAUAGCUGGUUUAGGUUUCAUCUACACUAUUAUACUGAUGGUGAUUGAUGAAGAUGAGCCGGGUGAAAUUGCCCUCCGUGCCCUCGACCUCAUCACUAUUGCCGUACCACCUGCCCUCCCUGCCGCCCUCACUGUGGGCAUUGUCUUCGCUCAAAAUCGGCUCAAGCACAGCCAGAUCUACUGUAUUCUACCCAACUGUAUCAAUGUUAGCGGCACCAUCAACACAUUUUGUUUUGAUAAGACUGGUACUCUAACUGAAGAUGGAAUGAACAUGCAGGGCCUACACCUGGUUAAAGAUGGCAGUUUUACAGACGAAGUCGAAGACAAGUCCAUAGCAAUGUUAGAACCAGAAAUGCCAGUAAUGGCUGCCAUGGCCUCGUGUCACUCGCUCACCAUCAUCGACAAUGAGUUGUGUGGUGACCCACUCGACCUCAUCAUGUUUCAGGCCACUGGAUGGGAUCUAGAGGAGCCAGGACAGGAGCACAGCCGUUUUGACAUGAUGGUCCCUACUGUAGUGAAGCCACACCAGCUGAAAGGCCAGUUGUGGAACAAACAAGAGGCAACUGAUACAGAGGUGGGCAUCCUUAGACAGUUCACAUUCGAGUCCAGUCUACAACGAAUGUCUGUCAUCACACGACGCAUCACCUCAAGUCACUUUGACCUCUUUUCCAAGGGGGCACCGGAGAUGAUUGCCUCUCUGUGUAGACCUGAAACAGUUCCGUCAAACUUCCACGAGGUACUAAUGGGAUACACACAGCAUGGUUACAGAGUACUGGCACUGGCGUGGAGACCACUGCCCGAGAACCUCAAGUACACCAAAAUACACAGACUACAAAGGGAACAGGUGGAGAAAAACUUGACAUUCCUCGGUCUGCUGGUGAUGGAAAAUCGCCUCAAACCAGAAUCGACACCAGUCAUACAGGAGCUGAUUGAGGCAAACAUCCGAACAGUCAUGGUCACAGGUGACAACAUGUUGACUGCCCUAUCUGUAGCCAGAGAGUGUAAGAUGGUUGGUUCUCAUGAAAAGGUCAUCCUGGUGCAGGCGUACCCGCCACAGGAAAAAGCUGACGCAUGCUUGGAAUUCGUCAAUGCGGAUAACACAAACAUUAAGGUCAAGGAAGUCGUCAAGUCUGUCAGUGGGUCUGAAACGAAGAUAAGUAUGCCAGGAUUACAAUACUACCAUUUUGCUGUGGAAGGAAAAUCAUGGGGAGUUAUCAGACAGUACUUUCCAGAUGUCUUCCCUAAGUUGGUGGUGCGUGGAACAGUAUUCGCGAGAAUGUCACCAGAACAGAAAGCACAGCUUGUAGAGGCUCUCCAGGAACUUGGGUACUACGUUGGGAUGUGUGGCGACGGAGCCAAUGACUGUGGGGCCCUGAAGACGGCACACGCCGGCAUUUCUUUGUCGGAGGCAGAGGCGUCGGUCGCAUCACCAUUCACGUCCAAAAAUCCCAACAUUGUUUGUGUUCCUACCCUUAUCAGGCAAGGAAGAGGAGCCUUGGUGACCUCCAUUGGAAUUUUUAAGUUCAUGGCAGCCUACAGUCUCACACAGUUUGUGUCCGUCUGCUUACUGUACUGGAUAGGCAACAACUUGACUGACUUCCAGUUCCUCUACAUAGAUUUGUUUCUGUUGACAACACUGAGUAUGACAUUUGGUCGUACCGAGGCUUACCACAAGCUGUCGCCUCAACCUCCACUAAUCAACCUGUUCGGAAUUGCCCCAGUCCUGUCACUCAUCCUCCAUACAUGUAUUGUGGUCGGCUUCCAGGUUUUCUGCUACCUACAUGUAAUGCAACAAGAUUGGUUCGUAGACUAUGUUGAGAACGAGGAUUAUGACUACAUGAGCUACGAGAAUAUGGCCGUCUACAUCAUCUCAAAUUACCAGUACAUCAUUCUGGGUGUUGUCUUCUCGAAGGGGGCACCUUACAGAAAACAUAUGUUUACCAACUAUUGGUUCAUGGCCAACCUAGCCCUGUGUGUAGGAAUCUCUCUCUGGAUAAAUAUCUACCCGACCAAUGGACUGGCAGACUUUCUAGAGUUAAAAUCUGCGCCAAAUAUACCCUACAGACUUGUGUACAUCGGGAUUGCAGCAGCAAAUUUCUUAUUAUCUCUACUGUUGGAGACAUUCAUCAUAGACAGCUACUUUGUGACCUGGAAGCUGCAGGAGUCGGUCGAAAAGUGCUGUAAGAGCUCGACCUUUCAUUACAAUGUCCUCGAGGACGAAAUCAAAGACACACCACAUUGGCCUCCAAUCAGCCACUCGUCGAGUCUAGCACAGGUGUUUGGCCGCAUGGACAGUGUCCCGACUACAUUAAAUGAGGCUGACCAGGCCAGCCUGUCUGGGAGUCUGCUGGACUCGGACCAAGGGGAGACCACUGAUGUGGGCAUAACUGUUGAGGUUGGCAAACAAGGGAUUAUCAAUGAAGGAUUGCUGGCAGAGGAAGAUUCUGUAACAGCUCUUUGAAAAAGAACCUCGCAAUUAUCUUACUGUCUGGUGAUCACUUCACUGGGUCAAAUAUUGAUUUUCACAAUUGUGUUUCAAACAAAUCAUUGUAAGGAUUCAGAUUUAUGAAAUAAACAAUAACAGAUGCAGGUUUUCACUUUAAAUGUACCUAAAUAAAUAUUCAUGAGAUAUUUGAAUUUGCAAAAUGUGACAAUAAACAUUCAUGACUUGAUCAUUUUUUUUUAAUGUAAAAAUAUAAAUAUUCAAUUGAUAAUUAAAUUUGAAAAAUGUGAAAAUGAAUAGUCAUGAGAUUUAAAUUUCCAAUAUAGGCGAAAAUUUUAAAUUUCGAAUAAUUGAAAACAACUAUAACUCUUAAAAUAUUUAUAGAAAUAAAAUCAUCAGUAAUCCUAGUUUACCAAACAGCCAAAAAACUUUCAUCAUUUUAUCUAUAUAUUGGUUCAGACAGUUUCAUAUAUACAUACAUGUAGUUACAUAGGUUCGUAUAUGACAAAUAAGGAUUUUUUUCAUUCUGUUGACAGUCAGUUCUGAAAUAAAACAUUUAAUAUUAACCCUUUAAAAUUUUCUAAACAACAGUAUUUUGCAGUCGGUUUUCAUACAUCAUCGGUUUUAAAACUGUUCCAUACAUAAACAUAUCACUGUGUAAACAUAUAUUUACUAGGAUUUAACCUUUAAAGUGUUAUAUUAUUAUUUUUUCCUGAUUUUAAAAAUGCUGAACACUUCAAAGACCUAUUUUGUAGACUUCUAUCAUGCCUUAAAAUGAUCUGUUAUAUAAAAUAGUUUAUGUCAUGGGAUGCAUGGCCAUGUAAUGCUUAAUUAUGUCAAAAAGUUUUAAAAGAGAGAGUUUUUUUAUUCUGAAGAGUUCUUCACUAUUGUUACAGAAUUGUUUACUUUGUGGUCGCUGAAGGAAUAUUUGUCGAGACUUUCACUGACCUUGCAGCUAAUAUUCGUUCCCAGUCUCUAUACUGGAAAUUUGUAAAUAAUGUUUUUUCCCCUGUGUUGAUUUGAUUUUGCCAUUUUUUGUUGCUGUACAAAUUUAAGCAAAUAACGGAGAACAUUAUUUUUUUCUAUUUUAUUUCAAUAAAAAAUGGAUAUAUAUAUUUCUAUUAAUCUUUUUAAAUAUGAAUCUAUAAACAGGAAGGUCUAAUGGCAACCAAGCUCUGUAUAUUGAGGGGUCCAUGCUUAGCCAAAACUAAAAGGCUUACUAUCACUUGUUUGUUGUAUUUCACCUAAAGCAAGGUCAAUUCACACAUAUAUUUUAGGAUAUCUUAUAAAAUGCAAUACAUAGGUGGAGAAAAAACCUUUACAUUUAUUUUUGUUUACAGUAAAACCUCGUUAUAAUGCAACCAAUUGUCUGGAGGAAUUUUGACAUUAUAAAGGGGUUUAGCAAUAGAUUGAGCGAAAUUUGUAUAAAGGAAUUCUUAAGCAAACGAGAAAAAGGGACAUUGAUAUAUGUUGGCGGUAAACAAGGUGGCGAUAAAAUGAGUGGCGUUAUAUCGACUUGAUUCUGCUCUACACAAUGCUGUUUAUGUAUUGCAAUAAAAUUUGAAAGACAUUUUGUAAUUUCUGAUAUGGUUUCUGCCCCUAUAUGAUUAACACUGACCUUAGCGAAUAGGAAUGUCACAAUAUGCUUGGAGUGUAUCACAAUAUACUACAAUACCUAUCCCAAUAUAUUGUCAAAGGAAAAAGGUGUUUUAUUUAAUAAAAAGAAGUUGUUGUAGGGUGCUGUUUAAUUCUGUGGCCUGUUCGUUUAUGCGGAACAACCGGUUUGUCCGUUUGUAAAUGUAACAAUUUCGAGUAUAAAUCUUGGCGG